AAUACGUUAACAACGAUCACAACUCAAGAUGCUGAGAUACUUUUAAUAUUCUUUCUAGAUAUGGUUACAAAAAUUAAACUAGAUAUUUUUUUGUGUAAUCCUUCUCGAAAUACCUUUGUAAAGUUACUGGUCUAAUGUUUGAAGAAUAAAUAAGUAGUACGUCCAAUUAUGACCUCAACGUUUCCCGGUUUUAGCGAAGAAGACUUGAAGCGAAUCAAAUCAGGGGAAAGAGAUAUAAACAGCGAACAAAUUCAAGGAAUUGCUAGAAGAAUAGAAAAGGUUGGAUUUAAAUCAAGAAGAAUUGCCAAAAAACUGCCAACUCUGUCUAACCAAAUAUCUGAUGAAGUUUAUAGUGAUGCAUUUGAUAGGUGUAAACUUAGUUUAAAAUCACCAACAUCUCCCAGUGAUGCUCAAAAUAAUAUGACCUAUGGUUCUAACGAAGAAUUUGACGUAAAUGGAGAUAGAAUUACAUAUAUGAACGAAAAUACUGAAAAUAGAAAAGUCAGAGAUUGUGAAACUUCAGAAGAAGGUAGAAUAAAUACCACAGUUAUAACUCCAGAUGUUGUCAAAGUUAUUGACUACACAGAGGAUGAGUUGGCUACUCACAAAGUUAAGUUGGAAGAACUACAGCUCAGACAAAAGUUAAUGGAAGAACAGAAUAAGAAAAGAAAAGAAAUGCUGGCUAAGGCUUUAGCUGACAGGACAAAACAAACAGAGGAGGAGGUACAAAAACUAGAAAAGAUAAAGAAAGAAUUGCAAGUACUAGAUGGCCAGUUCUCUCAAGAUGUUGCUGUUUUAAGAAAGAAAAUAGACCAAGCAUGUAUCACCUAUUCAGAAUCAGAAAAACAUUAUUUGAGAAUAGAAAAGGAAUUUCUGCAAGCAAAGAUAAACUUACAAAAGGAGAAGGAGAAAAAAGAACUGCUAACGGAACAUUUAUGUGCCCUCAUUACUCAUAAUGAAACAAGAAAAGCACAAAAACUAGAAACUCUAAUGUUAGAACUUGCCAAUGACAAAAAUAAGGUAAUAAGUGAAAUGGUUGAAAAUAUCAACGAAAAUAUUGAUGUAGCAACACCAGAUGAAGAACCGGUAAUAAUAGAUGGUGUUGAUGAGAAAACAGGAAAAAUUGUGGAAAUGCAAAAUUAGUUAUAAAAAAAGCAAUGGAUAGGUGCUAUUAUUAUCGGUGCAAUAAGAUAAAUAUUCUGAUAAAUUCCGAUAUAUGGAAUUCUAUUUUUUUAAUGUUGGUCAUGUACACAGCUGUAUUAUAACAAUAAUUAUAUUGAUGUUUAUUCUAGAAAUACUCGGAU